CUAGGUCAGGACGACCUCGUCCCUGACAACUGGAAAAACAGGAACCCAUAAUUUAGCCGAUGCUUGUUUUAACCUUGCUUGACAUGAAGGGGGAACAUGUACUCACUAACUAGAGCAAAUAGCAAUGUACUCACGAACUCUGGCAAAUGUCAAAAUAUGUAGAAGUCACUUAGAUGGAAGAGUAUCGAGAAAGGGGGGCAACACCCCAGAAGGUCUAUAAAAAGAUAAGAGCCGACCGCUAUUUUUGAGCUUCUUCCUGUACAUGCUGAAUGUAUGUCAGAUAGUCGCUCCCUGAUCAGAAUAAACUGGUGACUUGCAACUACUCCUCGACUGUGCUGUGAGUCUCUUCUCAUCAAUGGACUCGGCGGAGGGUGACUUCAACAACUUGGGGGCUCUUCCGUCGAUGAGCAGGAGAUUCCCAAGAUUCGGCUAAGUGUUAACGCAGCCUACUUGGAUACCGAAAACUGCGGGCCCGACUAGGAGAGUUCCAGUGAACCUCCUGGGACGGGACAUGCUGGUGAAGCUGGGGGCCUCAAUCUUGUGCAGUGCAGAUGGACUGGUGGUUACCCUGCCGGAAGGCACUCGCCUGCGGUGUGACGCCCAGACUAUGUGGGCGGGACAAUGGCUGGUGCAGCCCAUCCAGAGUCAGGCCCUGGCGGAUAUCUAUUGGGGCCUGCUGGAACCCAGCCUGACUGGCCUCCUGGCGGCCUACUCAGCGUGGCGACCCUGGAUCUCGCUCCUAGAGCCCUAUGUGCCCCCACCUGACCCUCCUCAUGUAACCCUUUUCUAUGAUAGGGAAAGUACCGAAUGGUAUGAGGAACUGUUUACUGAGCAACUGGAAGGCCAACAGUGGCAAUUUGCCUCUGAGAACAUAUAUGUGGGUCCCGACGGGGUAGCCUCAGCCACACUGCUGACCUCAGAACAGCUGCCCUGGUACAUUAUGGGACAGGAAGCUGUCCCACAUGUUUCUCUGGCCCUCCAUCCCAAACACCAGGCCAAAGAUUUGGGCCCGAUGGUGAAACGGGCCAGAGAAACUCAGGACUGGGUACAGACCCAGAUCCCACAGGUCUCCUUCUCACCCUCCUGCAGUACCUAUCGCAUACAGGUCGCAGCACAGGACACAGCCCUCCUGCAACAUGAGCAGAUAGCUAGGGACCACGGGCGUGAAAAGAUGGACCACCCAAAGGCGGCGGCCCUUCUGGCGUCUCUGCCAGACUCACUGUGGUCUACCAGCCCCACAGAUGUAGGUCUAAUACCUUGUACACCAGUGCAGUUCCAACUUCAGCCAGGGGAGGGCCCCCUCUGGCUCAGACAGUAUCCACAUAAGCAGGCAGCAGAGGAAGGGAUAGCCGAGACUAUAGACGGCCUCCUACAGGCCGGGGUGUUGGAGCCCUCCACGUCUCAGUGGAACACCCCCAUCCUCCCGGUGGAGAAACCCGGGACAGGAAAAUAUCGAAUGGCCCACGAUUUGCAUGCCAUAAACAACCUCCUGCUGACCCCCACUGUUCCAGUCCCGAACCCAUAUGUUGCCCUUACUAAUCUGACUCCACAGCAAAAAUGGUUCACAUGCAUCGAUUUGGCAAAUGCUUUUUUCUGUCUGCCUCUGGCAGAACAGUGUAAGGACAUAUUCUCCUUUACUUACAAGGGCUGUCAGCUGCGGUACACCCGCCUGCCUCAAGGAUUCGCCUUUUCUCCAGGGAUCUUUAACCAGGUUCUAAAGCAGGCUUUGCAGGGGUGUCCUCUCCCAGAUGGUGUCACCCUCGUCCAAUAUAUAGAUGACCUCCUGAUCGCGGCCCCAACAGCGGAGGCGGCCCUACAAGCUACCCAGUUAGUGCUGCGCCGUCUGUCAGAAAAAGGCUUUAAGGUCAGUAAAGACAAAUUGCAGAUUGCUAGGACAGUGGUGUCCUUCUUAGGAUGCGUGUUAUCCAGUGCAGGAACAGGCCCCUCCCCAGCUCAUCGUUCAGCUAUCUUGCAUCACUCAAAGCCAACCACAGUAAAAGACAUGUUGUCCUUUUUAGGCCUCACAGGUUACAGUCGCACUUACAUUCCAGAUUACACGGGGCUCACACAGCCGAGAGCACGGCCUACGUCGCCUCAGUGCGUCCCUCAACUGGGACCAGGCCUCAGAAGAGGCUUUUAUUACCUUAAAGCAAAGAUUAGCCCAGGCCGCCGACCUAGCCCUCCCAGAUUACUCUCUCCCGUUCCAUUUGGCUGACCGUAUGAGUGGGGGAGAACCACAUGUAUGUGAGUACCGAGUUCAGAAAGAGGAGAAAGUCAGACUAGACUUAGAAGCAGAAAAGAUAGAAGGGACUGAGGACUGGUUCACAGAUGGGUGUUGUUUCAGAACAGAUACAGGAGGUUUGCAGGCAGGAUAUGCAGUGGUGGCCAGACAAGGCCAGGACUAUGUGACCUUGAAGGCAGAAAGACUGGAAGGAGCCCAGUCAGCUCAAAGGGCCGAAGUACAGUAAUAACAAAUGGAACUCAGCCAAUGACGGAGAGCAGGAUUUUUGACUGCGGGAAACAAGCCAAUAAAGCACGAAGCAGAGAUGAAAGAGCUGGCAGAAGCCCUAAUGCUUCCUAAAAAGGUAGCAGUAGUAAAAUGCAAGGGCCACGAAGGGUCAGGAACCAUG